AUGCUCAGUACUAUCUCGAGAACAGGCUUAACCGGUCUCUCUAGAGUAAUCAACUCCUCAAAUUCUACAGUCUUGGCUAUUCGGCAUGCAUCUUUGAAUUCAGCAAUUGGGGAGGGUAUUCGCAGGUCUCAGACUGUGGACAGAGAUAAUCGUCGCGGCAACGUGUCUCGCUUUCCUAAGCGCGAACGACAACAUGAGGGACAAAACGAAGGGAACUACGGAUCGCGACAAUACGAGAAGUCAGGUGAAUUCAAUUUGAAGGACCGUCAGACAAACGGAGCGCGGCAACAGUACGGAAGAUCAGACCAAUCCAACUUCAAUGGCCGUCGAACAUAUGGGGCCCGACAACAUGGAGAGGAUGAGUCUGAGAGAUCAGGAUUCAACUCUGGUGUUCAACGAAAUUACAGCCUGCGUGAGCGAGAAUACGGAGCAAAAAAAGCCUGGGUAUCAGACGGUGUAGGUCGUAAAGACUACGACCGACGACAAUCGCCAUGGAAGGAUAACUCCCAAUCCCCUCGACAGAAUCGAAAGGAAGAACGGUUCGAGUUCGACGAGGAUGAGUUCAUUCGUUCUGGUGAUUUUCGCGGACUUCCUCGUGAACACCAAUCCCGAUUCCAGUCGCGAACACAAUAUAAUUCAUUCACACAAUCAGGACAUGGAAGGUUUUCAAUGGAUGCACCACAGGAGAAGGAACCAGCAAGACCUAGGGCUCACCGGGUCACGCACAGCAUGCCAGAGCGGGUGAAGGACAACGUCAAAGUGCCGGACACAAUCCCCUAUACUACACCUGCAUCUGAGUUUAUUUACGGCACCAGUGCCGUUGAGGCAGCGUUGCGCUGCAGCCGGCGCCAACUAUACAAGCUUUAUAUCUACCAGAGCACGGAUGAAGAGCUCAGUGCAGCAAAGGUCACAAUCCGCAAGCUGGCAUUGUCAAAGAACAUUGCAGUAAAGAUGGCAUUUGCAGGGUGGGAUCGACUUAUGGACAAGAUGAGUGCUGGGCGACCUCAUAAUGGAUGCAUUUUAGAGGCAUCACCUUUGCCAAAGUUGCCUGUGCGUGGCCUCCAGGCUGUUCCAUCCAUCUCCGAGGAGUAUUUCCGGGCGGAGCUUGCGCCACAAACCCGGGAAGAAGCUGCGGUAAAUGGCACGGACGAUCGUAUCCGGAUCUAUCAUUCUUGCCCGCCCCCGCACGAAAACGAACAACGCCAUCGAUACCCAAUUGUCUUGCUAUUGGAUGGAGUAGUCGAUACCGGUAACAUGGGCGCCAUAAUCCGCUCAUCCUAUUUCCUGGGUGUCGAUGCACUUGUCCUAGCUGGUCGCAACUCUGCACCACUGUCGCCUAUCACGAUCAAAUGUUCUGCUGGUGCAGCAGAGAAUAUGCCUAUCCUUCACGUGAAAAACGAAGUUGAUUUCAUUCAGCGUUCUCAGCAGAAUGGGUGGCGGUUCUAUGCUGCAGAUACACCGACUCCCGGAUCCGUACAUUUGGACCACAUCUCGACCGACGGCGAUCAAAGCGGGGCUAAAUUGCCUAGCUUGACUGCACCUAGUGUCAUAAUGAUGGGCAGUGAGGCUACUGGAUUGAGCUCGCAUAUUAAGUCGCAUGCUGAUGCAAUCAUCAGUAUUCCAGGCGCGCGACAGAAUUUCAUCUUGGGCGUUGAAUCUGAUCCUGCCCGCAUCGACAGUCUGAAUGUGAGUGUUGCUGCCGCGCUGCUGAUGGAGAAGUUUCUGCGGACACCCAUGACUGUGGGUGAGGUUCUCAAGAAAUCGAAGAACGUGGAGAAGAACCAAAAAGAUAAAAUGUGGUAG